GUUGAACCAAACAGACCCUAAAUGUAGAAUUCUUGAGUAAAAAAAAAACGUAGGAUUCUUCAUCUCUUUUCUUGAGUAUUACGAUUACCUCACUAUGUCGUGUAUGGCAGUCAUAUAAAUGAAAGAAUACAGCAAUAGACUAGUAUCUCCCUCUCCCGUAUCCCAAACGGCAACUUGGCUCGUACACUUUUGAUCCUUCCUUGCUCGUGAAUUCCAGAGACAGAAAAGGUUCGUUAAUCAAUUGAAAUUUUUCAGCACUGGCAUUCCUUUCCGAAGAAGAUGACCAUCGACUUAGAUUCGAAAACUCGCAGAGUCGAUGUUGAUAAUCGCAUUCCUCUCCGUCAUUACUAUCGAAUUGCCGAUAAUCUCCUCAAGCAGGCAAGUGUCUACAGGGAGGAGAAUAAUAUAGUUGACCUGUACAUCAUACUCCUUAGAUUUAUAAGUUUGGUUUCUGAGACAAUACCAUAUCACCGAGAUUACCAAGCUUCACUUCCCAAUGAAAGAACAGCAUAUAAGAGGAGAUCACUACUAGUAUUGGAUGAGCUUGAGUCCUUGAAGCCUGAAUUUAAACGUCGGUUGGACAAAUUGAAUGAAUCACGUGUACAAGCUCCAUUGCCUGAAGAAAAUGGUUUCAAUAUGGUUAUGCAGAGUCCAGCAAAUUCAAGUUUGGAAUGGCCAGCUGUCAAUAAAAGAUAUAACUCAAGCAUGGAUUUCAAACAUUCUGCUGGAUUGGGCUCACAAUCUUCAUCGAAACCUAAUAACAUGUUAUCUACAAUUUCCACGCCUAUUGAUAAGCAGUUUCAGAAAUUAUCUAUGAAUCUGCCACUACCAAAUAAGGAGACCUUGUCAAGACACUCAUUUUUAGGACCAAAUGGUCUUCGGGGACAAUGGCUUGGACCUAGUGCAGAAAUUAAGGUUCAAUAUCCAAGCAGUAAUGAUCUUACGCAUGCCAAGGAUUCAAGCGUUGUAAAGUAUGACCUUGUUGGCAUUAAAGAUGGUGACCAAGGGCCAGUUACAUCCACAAUGGAUUCAAUUCUUUCCUUGGAUGAUGGUAGAUGGUCGCAUCCUAUGGAUGAGUCCUGUUCUCCUGUUGUAACUGAAUCAAGGGAGGACUACUUACAGUUGCUCAACAUCAAGCAACCUUUGCCUCCUCCUGUUCUUGCUCAGGUUCACCCAGAACGUGCCUCUAUUCCUCCUUCAAAAGUUGCAGAUCCAAGGCCAGGACCGGCGAAAUCUUCUCAUGAUUCUGGACAUGGUCCCACUACAUAUCAACACCUACACAUUCCUGUAAAAAUGAUGGAAGAUUUUCUGAGAUUGGCUUCAGCAAACACGCGAAAGAACUUAGAGACGUGUGGUGUUCUUGCAGGGUCUCUGAAAAACAGGGUUUUUCAGAUCACAACACUUAUAAUCCCAAAGCAGGAAUCGACUUCUGACUCGUGUGAAACGUUGGAUGAAGGAGAAAUAUUUGACGUUCAAGACCGCUUGUCACUUUUUCCUCUAGGUUGGAUACAUACACACCCGUCUCAGACGUGUUUCAUGUCAUCUGUGGAUCUGCAUACGCAUUACUCAUAUCAGAUCAUGUUACCGGAGGCAAUUGCAAUAGUCAUGGCUCCUACCGAUACAGAAAGUCCACAUGGCAUAUUUCAUCUGUCUGAUCCAGGUGGUGUUUCUGUAAUUCGUAAUUGUCAACAACGUGGAUUUCAUCCCCAUGAAGAGCCUUCAGAUGGAAGUCCAAUAUAUGAGCACUGCUCUCAUGUCUAUAUGAAUGCCAACAUGAAGUUCGAUGUGAUUGACCUUCGACAGAAAUGAUAAAUUGGGCGAUCUAAAAAAUUACAGGGAUCUGCAUCAUUUUCCACUUGUCACUACGUUGAAAAUUGCAUCGGUAUAUGUGGGUUCUUUUAUAUUUUAUAAAUUAUGAUAGAGAAUACUGAUCCAGUCCCAUGAUUUUGUAUUAUACUAGCGAGACUGUGAAAAUAGUUGUGUAAAUCCAGCAGCAAUAUUUUAAUACACAUGUGAAGAAAUGGUACUUACCAAAAUAUCUUAAAAGUGAUAUACGACACUUUGUGUAUUGUACAGAAAACCACACAAUGUCUUGACUCAAAUGCUUAGGUUUUGGGGCUGA